UUUUCAUGAAGUGCCUGAUAUUACAGGUUGUUGUGAAAUAUCUCCAGUUGGCUAAUCUCACAGUCAUAGUGCACGUGUUAUGGUACGAGCAGUAGUGUGUUAUCAUUCAAGUGUCUUCACUAAAUGACAAAGUAUUAUUAAUUAUGGCAAUUCGAGCUCAGUUUGAAAAUAGUAACGAAAUUGGGGUUUUUUCGAAACUCACAAACUCGUAUUGUCUUGUGGCCAUAGGAGGCUCUGAAAACUUUUACAGUAUCUUUGAAGGAGAAUUAUCAGAUGUUAUCCCAGUAAUUCACACUUCCGUUGCUGGUUGUCGGAUCAUAGGAACGCUUUGUGUUGCCAACAGACAUGGACUUCUCAUUCCUAGUACAGCUACAGACCAGGAACUUCAGCACAUUCGGAACUCACUACCUGACUCUGUAAAAAUACAAAGAGCUGAAGAGAGACUUUCAGCUUUAGGAAAUGUUGUGGCUUGCAAUGAUUAUGUUGCCCUUACUCAUCCUGAUCUAGACAGGGAAACAGAAGAAAUCUUGUCAGAUGUCUUGCAAGUGGAAGUUUUUCGACAGACUGUUGCAAGUAAUGUGUUGGUUGGGAGUUAUUGUACUUUAAGUAACCAAGGAGGGUUGGUACACCCUCAGACCUCUGUGGAAGAUAUGGAUGAGCUGUCUUCUCUUCUCCAAAUUCCUUUAGUGGCAGGUACAGUAAACCGGGGAAGUGACGUUAUUGGUGCAGGUAUGGUUGUGAAUGAUUGGUGUGCUUUCUGUGGAAUAGAUACAACAAGUACAGAACUUUCUGUGAUUGAAAGUGUGUUCAAACUUAAUGAGGCUCAGCCUGCUAACAUUUCCAACAACAUGAGAGCAUCACUGAUAGAAGGCUUGGCAUAAGCUGGGUGGAAGAAAUAAUAUGUUCCAGAUCCAGUAAGAUCCUAAAGACAGUAGAACAGUUUUUUUUAAUAACUGAAAUGUAAACCACCAGUACUGUAUGUUCAGUAUUACAAUAAAUGUUUUUGUUUUUCUGUUAUUAAUA